GCCAUCUUUUGUGUGGAGAUUGUGGACACUACAGCUGUCCCCACGGUGCUCCUCGGAUCCUGAGAUUGGAUUGUAGUUCGCGAAAGCUAAUGUGUAGAGAGUUUUGAGCAGGAAAAUCCAGCAUCAAGCCACAACAGUUCUCUCCUUAAUCCACUGCAAUCCCUCCUCGUCCAGCUAAACUGGCAGAGUGUGCUACAAAAGAUGGAUAAAUCUCUGGAGUUGGUGUCAUUUGAGGAUGUGGCUGUGGACUUCACCUGGGAGGAGUGGCAGGAUUUGAACGAUGCUCAGAGGACUUUGUACAGGGAUGUGAUGCUGGAGACCUACAGCAGCCUGGUUUCAUUGGGGCACUGCAUUAGUAAACCUGAGGUGAUCCUCAAGUUGGAGAAAGGAGCAGAGCCAUGGAGUAUAGAACACCCAAACCAGAGCCUCCCAGAUAUCCAGAUAGUCAAUGACCUACUUGAGAGGAGCCAAGAUAGUCAUGGUAGAUACUUGCAGCAAGGUGUAAUCAUCAGUGGUAACCAAUCAACUGAGGAGAGAGUGCAGUUAGGAAAAUCAUUUAAUUUGAGUUCAAAGCAUAUUUUAAAUCUGGUUAUAAAUAAUGGAAAAUAUUCAGGAGUAGAGCAUGACGAGUUUAAUGUAUGUGAGAAUGCACUUCUUACAGAGACUGAUGCCAUGCAUGCUAGAGAGAAACCUGAUGAAGAUAACAUAUCUGAGAAAUCCCAGAGACAUCAGGAGCACCUUAGUCAGCAUCCCAAGAUUCAAACUGAGCAACCUUUUGAACAUAACGGGAAAGGAAAAUCCUCCAGCACACUGCCAAUAAUGUUUACAUCUAUGAAGGUUCCUGUGGGUGAGACUACCUGUAAAUAUAAUGAGUAUGGGAAAGGCUGUAAUAACUUAGCUGUCAUUGCCCAGGAGAUAACUCAGAUAGGGAAGAAAACUUUUCAAUGUGAUAUGUGUGGGAAAGUGUUCUAUAAAAAGGCUAAACUUACUCAACAUGAGAUUAUGCACGCAAGAGAGAAACACAACAAAUACAGUGAAUGUCAGAAAUCUCUUAUUAAGCAAACAUACCUUUUCUCAUAUCAGGAAAUAUCUACUGGGAAGAAGCUUUAUCCAUGUAAUGAACAGGGGAAAUUUUUCUAUCAGAAGUCAGACUUUACUGUGCAUCACAGAAUUCACAAAGGGGAAGUGUCCUAUGGAUUUGUUAAGUGUGGCAAGUACUUUCAUGAGAAUUUGCCUAUCAGCUGUCAUCAGGCAAUUCACACAAGUGAAAAAUCAUGUGAAUGUAAUGGAUGUAGAAAAUCUUUCUACCAUAAUUCCGCCCUUACUAUAUAUCAGAGAAAUCACAUGAGUGAGAAUCUGUGUGAAUGUGAAGAAAGUCAAAUUUUCUCCAGUAAGUCAAUACUCAAGAAACUUGAGAGAAUUCACAUUGUUGAGAAACCCUUUGACUGUAACACAUGUGGAAAAACCUUUCUCCAGAAUUCAAACUUCAGCAAGCAUAAGAGAAUUUAUAAGGAAUAUGGAAAAGGUUUUCACCAAAAGUCAAACCUGAAGAGACAUCAGACAAUUCACACAGAGGAGUACUCAUAUGAAUGUAAAGAGUGUGGGAAAGCUUUUAACCAAAAGUGUGCCCUCAAAAGGCAUCAGAGAAUUCACACAGGUGAGAAGCCAUUUGAAUGUAAGGACUGUGGAAAAGCUUUUAACCAAAAGACACACCUCAGCAGGCAUCAGAGAAUUCACACAGGUGAGAAACCAUAUGAAUGCAAAGAAUGCGGAAAAGCUUUUAUUGAGAAAUGGUUUCUCAGCAUGCAUCAGAGAGCUCACACAGGUGAGAAACCAUAUGAAUGUAAAGAAUGUGGAAAAGCUUUUAACCGAAUGUCACACUUCAGUAGGCAUCAGAGAACUCACACAGGUGAGAAACCAUAUGAAUGUAAAGAAUGUGGAAAAGCUUUUAACCGAAUGUCACACUUCAGUAGGCAUCAGAGAACUCACACAGGUGAGAAACCAUAUGAAUGUAAAGAAUGUGGAAAAGCUUUUAACCAAAAGUCACACUGCAGCACGCAUCAGAGAAUUCACACGGGUGAAAAACCACAUAAAUGUAAAGAAUGUGGAAAAGCUUUUAAUGAAAAGUCAGUUCUAAGGAUGCAUCAGAGAAUUCACACAGGUGAGAAACCGUAUGAAUGUAAGGAAUGUGGAAAAGCUUUUAACCAGAAGUCUAUCCUCAGUAAGCAUCAGGAAAUUCACACAGGUGAGAAACCAUAUGAGUGUAAAGAAUGUGGAAAAGCUUUUAAACUAAAGUCACACCUCAGCAUGCAUCAGAGAAUUCACACAGGUGAGAAACCAUAUGAGUGUAAAGAAUGUGGAAAAGCUUUUAAACUAAAGUCACACCUCAGCAUGCAUCAGAGAAUUCACACAGGUGAGAAACCGUAUGAAUGUAAGGAAUGUGGAAAAGCUUUUAACCAAAAGGGAAUCCUCAGCAUGCAUCAGAGAAUUCAUACAGGCGAGAAACCAUAUGAAUGUAAAGAAUGUGGAAAAGCUUUUAACCGAAAGUCACACCUCAGCAUGCAUCAGAGAAUUCACACAGGUGAGAAACCAUAUGAAUGUAAGCAGUGUGGAAAAGCUUUUAAUCAAAAGGGAAUCCUCAGCAUGCACCAGAGAAUUCACACAGGUGAGAAACCAUAUGAAUGUAAAGAAUGUGGAAAAUCUUUCAACCGAAAGUCAACCCUCAGUAUGCACCAGAGAAUACACACAGGUGAAAAGCCCUGUGAAUGUAAAGAAUGUGGAAAAGCUUUUAAUCUAAAGUCACACCUCAGUAUGCAUCAGAGAAUUCACAGAGGUAAGAAACCGUAUGAAUGUAAGGAAUGUGGAAGAGCUUUUAACCAGAUGUCUGUCCUCAGUAAGCAUCAGGAAAUUGACACAGGCGAGACACCAUAUGAAUGUAAAGAAUGUGGAAAAGCUUUCAAGCAAAAGUCACACCUCAGCCUGCAUCAGAGAAUUCACACAAGUGGGAAACCAUAUGAAUGUAAAGAAUGUGGAAAAGCUUUUAAGCUAAAGUCACACCUCACACUGCAUCAGAGAAUUCACACAGGUGAGAAACCAUAUGAAUGUAAAGAAUGUGGAAAAGCUUUUAAGCUAAAGUCACGCCUCAGCCUGCAUCACAGAAUUCACACAGGUGAGAAUCCAUAUGAAUGUAAAGAAUGUGGAAAAGCUUUUAAGCGAAAGUCACGCCUCAGCGUGCAUCAGAGAAUUCACACAGGUGAGAAACCAUAUGAAUGUAAAGAAUGUGGAAAAUCUUUUAACCGAAAGUCACACCUCAGCCCGCAUCAGAGAAUUCACACAGGUGAGAAACCAUAUGAAUGUAAACAAUGUGGAAAAGCUUUUAAUCAAAAAGGAAUCCUCAGCAUGCACCAGAGAAUUCACACAGGUGAGAAACCAUAUGAAUGUAAAGAAUGUGGAAAAGCUUUCAACCGAAAGUCAACCCUCAGCAUGCAUCAGAGAAUUCAUACAGGUGAGAAGCCCUGUGAAUGUAAAGAAUGUGGAAAAGCUUUUAAGCUAAAGUCACAGCUCAAAAUGCAUCAGAGAAUUCACACAGGUAAGAAACCACAUGAAUGUAAGGAAUGUGGAAGAGCUUUUAACCAGAAGUCUAUCCUCAGUAAGCAUCAGGAAAUUCACACAGGUGAGAAACCAUAUGGGUGUAAAGAAUCUGGGAAAGCUUUUAAGCAAAAGUCACACUUCAGCCUGCAUCAGAGAAUUCACACAGGUGAGAAACCAUAUGAAUGUAAAGAAUGUGGAAAAGUUUUUAACCACACAUCUAUCCUCAGUAAGCAUCAGGAAAUUCACACAGGUGAGACACCAUAUGAAUAAGUAUGCGGAAAGGCUUAACUGAAAACCCUCAGCAUGCAUCGGAGAAUUCACACAGGUGAGAAGACUUGUGAAUGUAAAGAAUGUGGAAAAAGGUUGGUUUUUUUUUUACAAAAUCAGUUUAGAAGGCAUCAGAAUACUCACCCAGGAAAACACUUCUUAUGAAUGUAAUAUGACAAGCCUUUUACUGGAACUCCCACUGAUAGGAAAGAAUUCACACAAAUGAAAAUCUCAGUGAAUGUAUGGGAAAAUAUUUUGCUGGAAGUCAUACCUCAAGACAUCAGAGAACAUCAGUCAAGAAGACCUGUAAAUAUACAUUGUGCUCAGGUAUUGGAGAUUGUCUUGUGGAUCCCCAAUGAUAUAAAAAUUUGGUGAUAUUCCAAUCCUUUCUUUAAAUGUUGUAGUAUUUGUUUAUUACCAAUUCACUUCCUGCCAUGUACUUUACAUCUUGUGUCGAUUGCUUAUAAUACUGAAAGAUGUGAAUACUAUGUAAAUAGUUGUUGUACUGUGUUGUUUUUCAGCUGUAGAAUUGUUUGAUUUAACGUUUUUAUUUUUUUUUUUGAGGAUUUUUGAGAAGUAGGUGGUUGAAUCACCAUAUGUAUAACCCUCUGAUAUGGAAGGAGGACUGUAAUGAUUGUGAAAACAUUUUUUCUCCAAAGUCUCAAGGCUGGCUAUGGUUAGAGCAUUGUUGCUUAUAGCACUGUGCUCAUAACAUGCUCACCAGAAAAUCAAUAAAUAUAAAUAAAAGAAUAAUCACAUCCUAGCUGGCAUCAGAAUUUACAGAGGGGAGAAAUUUUUGAUGAGACAGACUAUAUGUUUCAGACAGAAAACACUCUUUUCUCUCAUAUGCAUAGCCUGCAAUCAGCAUUUGAUGAUUGGGUGGAUGACCAUGUAAUUUAACUGUUCAGGGGAAUGCAGAUAUAAGUAGUGAACAUUACUUCCAGUUCAGACAACAAAAUCCAAAAAAUUUCCACACUGUUACUGAUUUCUCAAUAUCUUUGUGAGUAAAUGAAGAUGACUCUUGGGUGAAGUUGGGACCAUAGGUGGGAGAAAUCCACCCUAACUUAAAGUAGAAGGAAUUAAAGACCCCAGAGAUAUUCUCACCACUAUCCCAAAACCUCCAUUUAUACAUCGUAUUAGAAAUUAUUUCCUUGGUGAGCCAUUGUGUGUGUGCUCUGCAUUACAACACAGCCACCCCACUCUAGAUAAAUGAUUUUUUAAACUUUCUGAGAGAAGUUACCAGUCCUUUUAUAUGGGAAGAGAAUCCUGUGUUGUUACCUUUUAUAUCUGAAUCAGUUUAUGGGAAAACCAAAUUAUGGGGAGAAGCAAUGCUGUAAAUGUGGGGUAUCUUAUCAGGACAUCUCAUUGAACAGUGAAAAUAAAGUUAAAUAUCUUAAUCUCUUUAAUGUGUCAAAGCUUUCAAAAAAACUUUCAACACUUUUUAUUUCAGAAUUUGAAAUGAGAAAUCUAUCAAUCUUUGUUAUAAAUGUAAAUUUUUAAAUGGAAAUGAUAAAUGGAGUAUUAAAAAUAUUUUUAACAUUU